UGGGAGGGAUUUGUCGGAAGGAAGGGCUGCAGCUUACAGCAAGAGUUUAGACUGUCUUUGCUUCAUCAUCUGAAGGCAAAAUUUUCCAGAUACGGCAGACGGCUCUCAGAGUACAAUAAACAGGGAAUGAGAACUAUUUACAUGGAAAUUUCUUCCUCAUGAUGCAGUGGAGAAGCCUCGGCCGCUUGAUUCUGCCAGAUGUUCCUGGGGUUACUGUAAAAGGGAAGGAGAGGCAGAGCUAAACAAGGUUCAUGAUUUAAAAGUGCCUGUGUGAAGUCACUUUUGCUGGAAACUGUAGCCCAGGAGAACUUGUCGUGUUCAAAUCUUGCUUUUCUGUCAAAUACACCGUUACCCUGACCUUACGAGUGGAUGAAGAUACCUCAAUUGUCUGACUUUGCCAACUGCUUGAUUUCAGAAUUUUAAAAGGUGGAAGGAAAAAGAAAUCCUGCUAAGAUCUGAACAUCUAAGUGGCUUAUUUUCCAUCAUCAUCAAUAGCUGUGAGCAUCAGAACUAAAUCUUCUCCCAAGGAGUGCCAUGAUCUUGAAGUCACUUUAUUAAAAACAGUUGUAUCUGCAAAACAGUCAAGAGACUGGGACGUUUACAGCCAGAGAUGACACUGAGCAUGCUUUUAUUGCGGCCCUCAGUCUUCAAGUGGGGCAUAUUGAUUGAUGAGUGACUGCCCGCUGAUCAAUUCUCUCCUUACUCUGUUUCCUGGAUUGGACUUCAUUAAGUAAUUUAUCACUUACCUUCAGACUUACAUGUGGGAUUUUUCACAGUAGCUUUGGAAUCAUUGGAACUUGGAUUGAUUUCAUCAUUUAACAGAAACUAAUAGAAUCCAAAUUACUUUGUCAUCAUGGCUUUGAAUGUUGCCCCAGUCAGAGAUACAAAAUGGCUGACAUUGGAAGUCUGCAGACAGUUCCAAAGAGGAACGUGUUCACGCUCCGAUGAGGAAUGCAAAUUUGCUCACCCCCCAAAAAGUUGCCAGGUUGAAAAUGGAAGAGUAAUUGCCUGCUUUGAUUCCCUAAAGGGCCGUUGUUCAAGAGAGAACUGCAAGUAUCUUCACCCUCCAACACAUUUAAAAACUCAACUAGAAAUUAAUGGGAGGAACAAUUUGAUCCAGCAAAAAACUGCAGCAGCGAUGCUUGCCCAGCAGAUGCAAUUUAUGUUUCCAGGAACCCCACUUCAUCCAGUGCCCACUUUUCCUGUAGGUCCCGCCAUAGGGACGAAUACGGCGAUUAGCUUUGCUCCCUACUUAGCACCUGUAACCCCUGGAGUUGGGUUAGUCCCAACGGAAAUUCUACCCACCACACCUGUCAUUGUUCCCGGAAGUCCACCAGUCACUGUCCCGGGCUCAACUGCAACUCAGAAACUUCUCAGGACUGACAAAUUGGAGGUAUGCCGAGAGUUCCAGCGAGGAAACUGUGCCCGGGGAGAGACCGACUGCCGCUUUGCACACCCCGCAGACAGCACCAUGAUCGACACAAACGACAACAGCGUAACCGUUUGUAUGGAUUACAUAAAGGGGCGUUGCAUGAGGGAGAAAUGCAAAUAUUUUCACCCUCCUGCACACUUGCAGGCCAAAAUCAAAGCUGCGCAGCACCAAGCCAACCAAGCCGCGGUGGCCGCCCAGGCAGCCGCGGCCGCGGCCACAGUCAUGGCCUUUCCUCCUGGUGCUCUUCAUCCUUUACCAAAGAGACAAGCACUUGAAAAAAGCAACGGUGCCAGCACGGUCUUUAAUCCCAGCGUCUUGCACUACCAGCAGGCUCUAACCAGUGCACAGUUGCAGCAACACACGGCGUUUAUUCCGACAGGGUCAGUUUUGUGCAUGACACCCGCUACCAGUAUUGUACCCAUGAUGCACAGCGCUACGUCAGCCACUGUCUCUGCAGCAACAACUCCUGCAACAAGUGUCCCCUUCGCAGCAACAGCCACAGCCAAUCAGAUAAUUCUGAAAUAAUCAGCAGAAACGGAAUGGAAUGCCAAGAAUCUGCAUUGAGAAUAACUAAACAUUGUUACUGUACAUACUAUCCUGUUUCCUCCUCAAUAGAAUUGCCACAAACUGCAUGCUAAAUAAAGAUUUAGUUCUUCUGGACAGACCACAACUCUAAGAAGCUAGUGCUGCUAUAUCAUAUAUGAGUAUUAAAUAUGGUAUGCUUAGUAUAUUCCAACCUAAGAUAGUUAACUACCUGAGACCAGCUGUGAUGUUUAAAGACAUAAAGGAUAAAGUUUACUUUUAAAGGGUUUCUAAACAUAGUUUCUGUCCUAGGAAUAUUGUCUUAUCUCCAUAACUAUAGCUGAUGCAGAAAGUCCAACCAGUUUACUCAUUUUGACUCAGAAUACUUCCAAGUUAGCAAUAAACAAUUAGCAUUAGUUUAAAAACCUAUUCCAAGGGCAGGUUCGAUUCUAACUCCGAUUACUGUCAUUUCAUUGACCCACUGGAUCAAAGGGUAUGUUUCACUUCUUGACGACAUGAAUGCUGCAGCAAAGAUGAGAAGUGAAGUAAAACCGAUACCUGUCCUACAGGUCUAAAAUCUGAAUGGAAAUUCAAGCACAAGUACUGGGGACACAUCAAAGUGUGGUAUUUGGUUUGCCUGGAGAUGCCGCAUUGAAUCAUGUGAUUCUAGAGUAACAUUAACUAGAUUGAUAAAGAAACUUUGCACGGUAUGAGCUUCAUACCCCACCAAACAAAGUCUUGAAGGUAUUAUUUUACAAGUAUAUUUUUAAAGUUGUUUUAUAAGAGAGACUUUGUAGAAGUGCCUAGAUUUUGCCAGACUUCAUCCAGCUUGACAAGAAUGAGAGGCCCAUGCCAACAGUCUAAUCUAAGGGAUUAGUCUUUCAAACUCACCAUCCGGUUGCCUGUUACAGAAUAACUCUUUUAAAAACUAAAAACCUAGUCAAACAAGGAAGCUGUAGGUGAGGAGAUCUGUAUAAUAUUCUAAUUUAAGUAAGUUUGAGUUUAGUCACUGAAAAUUUGACUGUGACUUUAAUCUAAAUUACUAUGUAAACAAAAAGUAGAUAGUUUCACUUUUUAAAAAAUCCAUUACUGUUUUGCAUUUCAAAAGUUGGAUUAAAGGGUUGUAACUGACUACAGCAUGGAAAAAAUUAGUUCUUUUAAUUCUUUCACCUUAAAGCAUAUUUUAUGUCUCAAAAGUAUAAAAAACUUUAAUACAAGUACAUACAUAUUAUAUAUACACAUACAUAUAUAUACUAUAUAUGGAUGAAACAUAUUUUAAUGUUGUUUACUUUUUUAAAUACUUGGUUGAUCUUCAAGGUAAUAGCGAUACAAUUAAAUUUUGUUCAGAAAGUUUGUUUUAAAGUUUAUUUUAAGCACUAUCGUACCAAAUAUUUCAUAUUUCACAUUUUAUAUGUUGCACAUAGCCUUUACAGUACCUACAUAGUUUUUAAAUUAUUGUUUAAAAAACAAAACAGCUGUUAUAAAUGAAUAUUAUGUGUAAUUGUUUAAAACAUCCAUUUUCUUUGUGAACAUAUUAGUGAUUGAAGUAUUUUGACUUUUGAGAUUGAAUGUACAAUAUUUUAAAUUUUGGCAUCACCGCCUGUUCUGAAAACUAGAUGCACCAACCAUAUCAUUUUUGUUUGAGAAAAAGAAAUCCACCAUUUUAAUUACUGUUGGUCAAAGUCUAAUGACUAUUUAUCUUAUAUCAUAGAUUUGAUAACCCUAUCAAAAGAAAAUCACAUCCUAAGUGUAAUCUUACAUAGUGCUUGUAUCGUUGCAUUUGUUUUAAAUUUGUGGAAAAGUAUUGUAUCUAACUUGUAUUUCUUUGGUAGUUUCAUCUUUAUGUAUUAUUGAUAAUUGUAAUUUUCUCAACUAUAACAAUGUAGUUAUGCUACAACUUGCCUAAAACAUUCAAACUUAUUUUCUUUUUUUCUUUGUUAAUUCACUUAAACUCAUUGAAAACAUAGUAUACGUUACUAAAAGGUAAAUUAUGGGAAUCACUGAAAUAUUUUUGUAGACUAAUUGUUGUAACAUUGUCUUUCUUUUUUUCCUUUGUUUCAUGAUUUUGAUUUUAAAAAUUAUUAGCACACAACUAUUUUCAGCCCUUUAGUAAUGGAGCAUCAAAAACAUCACCUGUAUCCCCAAGCAAAUAUAGAAGACUGUAUUUUUACUAUGAUAUCCAUUUUCCAGAAUUGUGAUUAUAAUAUGCAAAGAGUCAUAAAUAUUCCAUUUACAAUAAGGAGGAAGCAAGGCAAAUGCAUAGAUGUACAAAUAUAUGUACAACAGAUUUUGCUUUUUAUUUAUUUAUAAUGUAAUUUUAUAGAAUAAUUCUGGGAUUUGAGAGGAUCUAAAACUAUUUUUCUGUAUAAAUAUUAUUUGCCAAAAGUUUGUUUAUAUUCAGAAGUCUGACUAUGAUGAAUAAAUCUUAAAUGCUUUGUUUAAUUACAAAAACAAAAUCACCAAUAUCCAAGACAUGAAGAUAGCAAUUCAACAAUACUGUAGUUAAGAGAUGAACUCACCACUUGUAUGGGAACUACAUUUCACUCUUGGUUUUCAGGAUAUAACAGCACUUCACCGAAAUAUUCUUUCAGCCAUAUCACUGGUAACAUUUCUACUAAAUCUUUCUGUAACACUUAAAGAAUUCCUUCAUUCAUUACCUUACAGUGUAAACAGGAGUCUAAUUUGUAUCAAUUCUAUGUUUUGGUUGUAAUAUUCAGUUCACUCACCCAAUGUACAACCAAUGAAAUAAAAGAAGCAUUUAAAAA